AUGAAUGUUGAAAACCCCAGGGAAAUGAGAGAGGGAAAUGGGGUGAUAGCAGAAGUAACGGUUGAAGGAGUAACACAGAAUGAAGUAAAGACGGCACUGAAGGAGAUGAAGGGGGGCACAGCUUUAGGACCAGACAACAUUCGUAUAGAAGCAUGGAUAAGCCUAGAAGAAGCAGGGGCUGGAUACCUGACAUCUCUAUUCACCAAAAUCCUUUCAGGAGAGAGAAUGCCAGGUGAAUGUAGAAAAAGCACACUGAUACCCAUUUACAAGAACAAAGGAGACGCGCAGGAUUGUGGUAAUUACCGGGGCAUCAAACUAAUGAGUCAUACAAUGAAGUUGUGGGAAACGGUGAUAAACACAAGGUUAAGGAGUUUCUGA